AUGACGGUGGACUUUGAAGAAUGUAUCAAGGAUUCGCCUCGCUUCAGCUGCAUUUGUCUCCUCGCUGGCCAAGCAGUCAGCAGGGAGGUGAGACUGCUCUCUGCAGGGGACAGAGCAUUUUUCCUGGGUAUUUAUCCAGAUGUUUGCCUGUCCACUUUGUUUGCUCACAAGUCUUCCUUUAGAGAGAUGAUCAGAGGGAGGCAUGAGGCAGACUCUUUGAUGGACGGCGAGGACGAAAGGGCUGGCAUUGACGAUGUGGAGACAGACGUGGUGGAAAUCGAGGCAAAGCUGGACAAGCUGGUGAAGCUGUGCAGCGGUAUGAUCGAGGCCGGCAGGGCCUACGUCAGCGCCAACAAGCUCUUUGUUAACGGCAUCAAGGACCUGUCACAGCAAUGCAAGAAAGAGGAGAUGAUAUCGGACUGCCUCGAAAAAUGUGGAGAAAGUCUCCAGGAGAUCGUCAACUACCAUAUGAUUUUGUUUGACCAAGCUCAAAGAUCAAUCAAGCAGCAGCUCCAUGCAUUCAUUAAAGAUGACGUGCGCAAGUUCAAGGACACCAAGAAGCAGUUUGAUAGGGUUCGAGAGGACAUGGAGCUGGCUCAGGUGAAGAAUGCUCAGGCGCCCAGGAACAAGGUCCACGAGGCGGAGGAGGCCACUCAAGCACUCGUCCUCAGCCGCAAAGCCUUCAGGCACUUAGCCCUGGACUACGUACUUCAGAUUAAUGUACUUCAGGCCAGGAAGAAGUUUGAAAUCCUAGACGCGAUGCUGUCCUUCAUGCGUGCCCAGUACACUUUUUUCCAACAAGGCUUCAACAUUCUGGAUGAGAUUGAUCCCUAUAUGAAAAAGCUGGCUGCCCAGCUGGAUCAGCUUGUCAUUGACUCUGCAGUGGAGAAGAGGGAGUUGGAGCACAAACAUGCCCUCAUCCAGCAAAGAACUCUGAUGCAGGACUUUUCCUAUGAUGACCCCAAGCUGGAGUUCAAUGUGGAUGCCCCCAAUGGUGUUGUCAUGGAGGGUUACCUCUUCAAGAGAGCCAGCAAUGCUUUUAAGACCUGGAACAGGCGAUGGUUUUCCAUACAGAAUAGCCAACUGGUCUACCAAAAGAAACUCAAGGACUCUUUGACGGUGGUAGUGGAGGACCUGAGGCUGUGUUCAGUCAAACCGUGUGAAGAUAAUGAGAGGCGGUUCUGUUUCGAGGUGGUUUCACCCACCAAGAGCUGUAUGCUUCAGGCUGAGUCAGAGAAGCUGAGGCAGGCGUGGAUCCAAGCGGUCCAAGCAAGCAUCGCUUCUGCUUAUAAAGAUAUCGCCGACAACUACUACAUUGAGCGCUUGGAUCGCACAGCCUCGCCCUCCACCAGCAGCAUUGACUCUGCCAGCGAGCCCAGAGACAAGGGGGAGAGGGCGGAUAGGGCGGUUCGGGGAGGGGGCGAAGGCCUCCUCCAAAGGGUGCAGAACCUGCCGGGCAACGAGUUGUGUUGCGACUGUGGCCAGAGUGCUCCAUGCUGGGCCUCCAUCAACCUCGGAGUGCUGCUGUGCAUCGAGUGCUCGGGGAUUCACAGGAGUCUUGGAGUUCAUUGCUCUAAAGUACGUUCACUGACUCUUGACUCAUGGGAGCCAGAGUUACUCAAGCUAAUGUGUGAAUUAGGGAAUACUGUGAUCAAUCAAAUUUACGAGGGCGCCUGCGAAGACCUCGGGGUGAAAAAGCCUGGACCGUCCAGCACGAGACAGGAGAAAGAGUCGUGGAUAAAGUCCAAAUAUGUGGAGAAGCGUUUCUUAAAGAAAAUAAGUGGGAGUGAGGCGUUGGUGGAAGGUGAAAGGAAGUCCCGACCGUGGACUGUGAAGAAGUGCCAGCGACACAACAGCUCGGUUCGGGCGCCCAACAAAGCCCGCAGGAAAUACCGCCGCUAUGAGCCUGGCAGCGCCUCACCUGCAAAUCUCUCGGCAGCAGCUGCAGCCAAGUUUCGCCGCGAUUCCCUGUUCUGCCCAGAUGAGCUGGACUCCCUCUUCUCCUACUUUGACACAGGAUCUGGUCCUCGCAGCCCCGCAGGUCUGAGCAGCGAUAGCGGCCUGGGAGGAAGCACUGACGGCAGCACCGACAUCCUAGUGUUUGGCUCUGUAGUGGACAGCGUCACAGAAGAAGAAGAGGAAUCAGAGGAGUCCUCGAGUGGCGAGGUAGAAAUUGAACAGGAAGUACCGUCAGACCCUGAGGACCCCAGGGAGCUCCACCCAGGCGCGCUGCUCCACCGAUCCUCCCGUCUUCACAACUUGCCGCUCAUGGCCGAGGCGCUGGCUCAUGGCGCAGAUGUCCAUGCUCCAAGUGAGGAAGACGAUGGAAAAACGCCACUCAUACAGGCUGUAAUGGGGGGCUCGCUGAUAGCUUGUGAGUUCCUGCUUCAGAAUGGAGCUGAUGUGAACCAGAGAGACAUGAGAGGAAGAGGCCCACUGCAUCACGCUACCUACCUUGGACACACUGGUCAGGUGUGUCUGUUCCUGAAGAGAGGAGCGUCGCAGACUGAAGUGGACGAGCAGGGCUAUGACCCACUGAGCAUUGCGGUGCAAGCUGCCAACGCGGAUAUCGUUACCCUCCUGCGUUUGGCGCGGAUGAAUGAGGAGAUGCGAGAAGCGGAAGCCCCCCUGGGACAACCAGGUGACAUCUCCCGUGUUGAAGUCUUUCGCGAGUUUUCUCUCCUCGCAUCUCUCCAGCCCGAGAAGCUGAGGAGAAGGAGUCUCCAGUUCAGCCGCUGCGAGAAACCUCCCACCGUCUCCUCAUCAUAUAGUUUAGAAGCCAAUUAG